GCGCUGGUUGGGAACACACGGGGUCCAUGCUCAGAGUCAGUCCCGAUGUCAAGCUCCACAGCUCCAUACAUCCGCGAAACAGUAAAAGGAGGCAUGGAGUGGAAGACUUUUAUUUUUGUGGUUUUAUCAGGAUUGUGUUACCUACCUGCGUGUUCUUCCGACAUCGACGUCUUUGUUGAACAGGGAGAGACUUGGUCUGAUGCCCAGAGCUCCAGCAGGUUGAAGUACACAGACCUGGACUCUUCUGACAACAGGGAAGAAUUGGAUAAGGUGAUGGACACUGGAAUCGAAUACUAUACUGGUUACCUCUGGCUGGGACAUCACAAUGACUUUAACAGCUGGAGGUGGUCACUGGAAAAGGAAGGUUAUUAUGGUGAAGGAGAGACAGAGGUCAGGAUGUGGAUGACAGAUAAACCCAAUGACCUUGGGGGAUAUGAGAACUGUGCAGCAAUGAAUGCGGAUGGCUUGUGGGAUGAUAAGCGUUGCGAUGAGACACAACUGUUUGUUUGCUACAAUGGGGGUGUGGAAACAGUGGCCUCCUCCAGCUUCAUCUUUGUGAAUCAGUCCAAGACCUGGACGGAGGCUCAGAGCUACUGCAGGGAGCACUUCACUGACCUGGCUAGUGUGAGGAACCAAGCUGAGAAUGACCAGAUAAAGAAGAUGACCCAGAACCAACCCACGUGGAUCGGCCUCUACAGAGACGCAUGGAAGUGGUCAGAUGGGGGACCCAUGCCGUUCAGACAUUGUAAUGCUAAUAAUAAUGACGUAGAUGGAAAAUCCAAUUCUCUAUGUGUGGAUUUAUACAGAGGCCAAUUGGAAGGCUCAUCACAUACUAUGAUACUUUGUCUGUCAAAUUGUGUAAGCGAGGCAGAAGUUGGUGAGGAUGAGAGUAACUAAAAAGGAUUUCUCUGUGAACCUGGAGGAAACCAUCUUGCAGAAGUUCAGCGAGACACUGAAGGAGCACGGCCAGAGUGAAGAUGUGACGCUGACAUGGAGGAAGCAGCCUGAUGGAAAGAUCUUCCACUUGGAAGAAAAAGAGGAGAAGGAGGAGACAAGCUGUUGUGUGUGUUUUUGCAGUGAAUUAAGAGAUACAUGCGCCGUGUCCCUACUUUCAAAAAGAAAUGACACUUUUCAUAAUGAUUACAUUCAGCUUUAAGCAUUCUGACUGACUUGCAGACUUUAAUAGUGACACAGAGGAACGUCACUUCAUCGGAGUCA